GUUCCCUUUCUGCAGUGGUAACAGCACCCUCUGUGCCAGGCUCUGACCAGGACUUCUUCUCCACCUCUUCCAUGGCUUGGUCUCCUGGCUGGCCUCUAUAACAACUUCUGGCCCCUUACCUGGGGCUCUGUAGAAUGAACACAGGACACAGCUGGGACUGAGCAGGUUUCUCCUGUCUACCACACUGACCUAGCCCAAGUCUACUCUUCAUCCUCCACAUCUCUGCCCAGCGUUGCCCAGCCUGGCUGUGGCUCAUCACCACCAUGGGAGACAUGGCAAACAGCUCGGUGGAUUUCUACCCCAAAAACCAGCGGCGGGAGCUGAACCAUGCAGGCGGCUUUGGCUGCACCCUGGCGGAGCUGCGCUCCCUCAUGGAGCUGCGUGGAGCCGAGGCAAUCCAGAAAGUCCAGGAGACCUAUUCCGAUGUCAACGGGCUCUGCAGGAGGCUCAAGACCUCUCCCACCGAAGGUCUCUCAGACAACACAGCUGACCUGGAAAAGAGAAGGCAGAUCUACGGACAGAACUUCAUCCCCCCAAAGAAGCCGAAGACCUUCAUGCAGUUAGUAUGGGAAGCCCUCCAAGAUGUGACACUGAUCAUUCUGGAAAUUGCCGCUAUCAUCUCCUUGGGGCUGUCUUUUUAUUCCCCUCCAGGCGAAGAGAGCGAAGCCUGUGGGAAUUUGUCAGGUGGUGCAGAGGAUGAGGGUGAAUCUGAAGCUGGUUGGAUCGAGGGUGCCGCCAUCUUACUCUCAGUGAUCUGUGUGGUUUUGGUUACGGCCUUCAAUGACUGGAGCAAAGAGAAACAAUUCCGAGGUCUACAGAGCCGCAUAGAACAAGAGCAGAAAUUCGCCGUCAUCCGCAAUGGGCAACAGGUCCAGAUUCCUGUGGCUGAACUGGUUGUGGGGGACAUUGCCCAAAUCAAAUAUGGUGACCUGCUUCCUGCAGAUGGGGUGCUGAUCCAGGGGAAUGAUCUCAAGAUUGACGAGAGCUCCUUGACGGGGGAAUCAGAUCAUGUGCGCAAAUCUGUGGAGAAAGAUCCCAUGUUGCUUUCAGGCACCCACGUCAUGGAAGGCUCCGGGCGAAUGGUUAUCACAGCAGUUGGGGUCAACUCGCAGACUGGGAUUAUCUUCACUUUGCUGGGUGCUGGUGGGGAAGAGGAGGAAAAGAAAGAUAAGAAAGCCAAAAAGCAAGAUGGGGCAGUGGCCAUGGAGAUGCAACCCCUGAAAAGUGCCGAGGGGGGUGAGAUGGAAGAACGAGAGAAGAAGAAAGCCAGCGUCCCCAAAAAAGAGAAGUCUGUUCUGCAGGGGAAGCUCACCAAACUGGCUGUUCAAAUCGGAAAAGCAGGUUUGGUGAUGUCUGCCAUCACUGUCAUCAUUCUGGUCCUGUAUUUCGUCAUUGAGACAUUUGUUAUCGAUGGAAAGACGUGGUUGGCAGAGUGCACCCCUGUCUAUGUGCAGUACUUUGUCAAGUUCUUCAUCAUUGGUGUCACUGUCCUGGUGGUGGCUGUACCUGAAGGCUUGCCGUUGGCUGUCACAAUCUCCCUCGCCUAUUCUGUCAAGAAAAUGAUGAAGGAUAAUAACCUAGUUCGACAUCUGGAUGCCUGUGAGACCAUGGGCAAUGCCACAGCCAUCUGCUCAGACAAGACGGGCACCCUCACUACCAAUCGUAUGACUGUGGUACAGUCCUAUCUAGGUGACACACACUACAAGGAGACCCCUGACCCCAGCAAUCUGACACCCAAGACACUGGACCUGCUGGUGCAUGCCAUUGCUAUCAACAGUGCCUACACCACCAAGAUACUACCUCCAGAAAAGGAAGGGGGUCUGCCACGCCAGGUGGGCAACAAGACAGAGUGUGCGCUACUGGGCUUUGUGGUUGGCCUGCGACGUGACUACCAGCCGGUGCGUGAACAGAUCCCCGAGGAGAAGCUAUACAAGGUGUACACCUUUAACUCUGUGCGGAAGUCCAUGAGCACUGUCAUCUGCAUGCCUGAUGGUGGCUACCGCCUCUUCAGCAAAGGCGCUUCUGAAAUAAUUCUCAAAAAGUGCACAAACAUCCUCAACAGCAAUGGAGAGUUACGUGCUUUCCGUCCCCGGGACCGAGAUGAAAUGAUCAAGAAAGUGAUUGAGCCCAUGGCAUGUGAUGGUCUACGGACAAUCUGUAUUGCUUACCGGGAUUUCCCAGCUGGGAAGGAGCCUGACUGGGAGAACGAGAAUGACAUUGUGAUAGACUUGACCUGCAUCACUGUGGUGGGAAUUGAGGACCCAGUGCGGCCGGAGGUGCCAGAGGCCAUCCGCAAAUGCCAACGUGCCGGCAUCACUGUCCGCAUGGUGACAGGAGACAACAUCAACACAGCCCGGGCCAUUGCUGCCAAAUGUGGCAUCAUACAGCCGGGGGAGGACUUCCUGUGCCUGGAGGGAAAGGAGUUCAAUCGGCGAAUCCGCAAUGAAAAGGGAGAGAUAGAACAGGAACGCCUGGAUAAAAUCUGGCCAAAACUGCGGGUCCUGGCUCGAUCAUCACCCACAGACAAACACACUCUGGUGAAAGGCAUAAUUGACAGCACCAUUGGGGACCAGCGCCAGGUAGUUGCUGUCACUGGUGACGGAACGAACGAUGGACCAGCACUCAAGAAGGCCGAUGUGGGCUUUGCCAUGGGCAUAGCUGGCACAGAUGUGGCCAAGGAGGCUUCUGACAUCAUCCUGACAGAUGACAACUUCUCCAGCAUUGUCAAGGCAGUGAUGUGGGGACGCAACGUUUAUGACAGCAUCUCCAAAUUCCUGCAGUUCCAACUCACAGUCAACGUGGUGGCAGUCAUUGUGGCCUUCACUGGCGCCUGCAUCACACAGGACUCUCCCCUCAAAGCUGUGCAAAUGCUGUGGGUGAACCUGAUUAUGGACACUUUUGCCUCUCUGGCUCUUGCCACCGAACCCCCCACAGAAGCCCUGUUGAUGCGCAAGCCAUACGGACGUAACAAACCCCUCAUUUCCCGCACCAUGAUGAAGAAUAUUUUGGGCCAUGCUGUGUACCAGCUCAUUAUCAUCUUUACCCUCCUCUUUGCAGGCGAGGUUUUCUUUGACAUCGACAGUGGCCGUAAUGCCCCCCUGCACUCCCCACCUUCAGAGCACUACACCAUUAUCUUCAACACCUUUGUCAUGAUGCAGCUCUUCAAUGAGAUCAAUGCCCGCAAAAUCCACGGUGAACGCAACGUCUUUGAUGGCAUUUUUGGCAACCCCAUCUUCUGCAGCAUUGUCCUGGGCACCUUUGGCAUCCAGAUCGUGAUUGUACAGUUUGGAGGAAAGCCAUUCAGCUGUUCUCCACUGAAUGCACAGCAAUGGCUCUGGUGUCUCUUCGUGGGCUUUGGGGAGCUGGUCUGGGGACAGGUCAUUGCCACCAUCCCCACAAGUCACUUGAAAUGCUUGAAGGAGGCAGGGCAUGGCCCUGGCAAGGAUGAAAUCACUGAUGAGGAAUUGGCGGAGGAUGAGGAAGAAAUCGACCAUGCUGAACGGGAACUACGCCGUGGCCAGAUCCUGUGGUUCCGGGGCCUCAACCGUAUCCAGACCCAGAUGGAGGUAGUUAGCACCUUCAAGAGAAGCGGCUCCUUUCAGGGGGCUGUCCGACGCCGCUCUUCCGUCCUCAGCCAACUGCACGAUGUAACCAAUAUUUCUACCCCCACUCACAUCCGCGUAGUGAAAGCGUUCCGUAGCUCGCUCUACGAAGGGCUGGAGAAGCCAGACACAAAGACCUCCAUCCAUAACUUCAUGACGACGCCCGAGUUCUUGAUCAACGACUACAUCCACAACAUCCCCCUCAUUGAUGAUACAGACGUGGAGGAGAGCGAGGGUCUCCCGAGACGGCGCUUCCGGGCCAGCCCCCCACCAUCCCCCAACAAGAACAACAAUGCCAUUGACAGCGGCAUCUACCUAAACACCGAUGUCAGCAAGACACCUACCUCCUCGUCCAGCCCAGUCAGUCCGCUCCACAGCAUGGAAACCUCCCUCUAACACAACCCCACCAUGCAAUCGGUCAACGUGACUUUGUGCACAGCAACAGGGGAUGUCCGGUUCCUCCUGGGAGAUAAGGACUAGCUGAGUGAGUCAGGAAGGAAAGCGGGCAGGAGAUGGCCUUUCUCCUCUUGACGCUGGAGGCUUUUUUCUCUCAGUGGGGUACAAAUGGACACGGUUUCUGCCACUGGAUGGCUCAGGCAAAUAGAAGAAGAAGAAGAGAAACUGAGUGGAUUCUAUGAAAGUGAUGAGACAUACUGUGUGUGGGGAGGGGGGAGAUUUGGUUUUUUUCAGAGCCACCCGCGAAGGGUUUGGGCUGAGUCCCGGAGGGUGUACAGGAAAAACCACCCAUUUCUCUAGUCUGUUCUUUGUUUCUCUUUGGACACAAAACACACUCACCAAACCCACGAUGAUUUCCCCAUUUGGGGGGGUUGCUUUGAUUUAUUUCUGGGACCUCUAUUCAGUUUGGGUUUUUUUUUUCUUCCUUUGUCUCCAAAGUUUAAAAAAAGGAACUAUAUUUGCACCGGAAAAAAAAGAAGAAAAAAAGAAAAAAAAGGAAUAAUCUAGACAUCUAUUAUCCUAAAUAUAUAUAUAUAUGAUACCAACCGACAGAUGUAUUAACAGACCUCCUGACCAUAACGCAUGCCUGUUAUCAAACCCUUCUUUCUUCUUAUCCCCUGUUCCCUUCACCUGAUGGAAUUUCAGCCUGGGGCAAUUUUGUUUUGGUUUUUUUAAAAAAAAUCAUUGCUCGCUGUAGCUUGUAUUUUAUAUCAGGGUUUGCCGGGAAAAGAACAAGGAUUAUAUCCUUUAGGGAGGGGGAACUGACCAUGGGGCAGAUGCUGAGUAACUUAAAAAACAGAAGCACAGUAGGGCACAGUGGUGCACAGAUGCAGAGUGACUUAAAGCAGGGCCCUGUUGUAGUGACACCAAUUGGGAAGCUCUGGGGACAGGUCUUUAGAAACAAUAGGACACCCCCCCCC